GCCGGGCCUUGGUGGCGCCUUCCGCGCCCCGCCUCGGGCCGUAUUCGGGGACCCUCCUGACGAGGCCUACCGUCCCCCGCCCGGACGGGGUCCUCGGGCCCCGAGCCGGCAGGCUGGAGAAGGUGGAGGUUAGGUGUCUUAAGGAGGGCGGCUGAGCCCAAGGGCGCACCACCACGGAGGAGGAGGAGGACCCCCUGGGCGGGAGCGCCCGCUGUGUGGUCCUGUGCGCCGCCCCGCAUUUUAGAGUUCCUUUUUUCUCUUUAUGAGCCCCUUUAUACCUUCCUUUUAGAAGGGGAAAGGCGUCCUCCCACACCUUCUCCCAACGCUUUUUGACUUAUUUUUUCGUCUUGAAGUUACCCAAAGGCCUAUGUCUUAUUCUCAAACGGUCCCGAGAAUAAUUCUAAUGGAAUUUAGUUGUUUUUCUGAGGGAGGAUGGGUGAAGAGAUACUACUCAGCUCUCCUAGUCGCUUUUUAAGGCGUUCGCCAGAAAUCCUUCAAGAGGGGGACUUCUUAAAGAGACGGCAGUUUAGAGUAAGGCAGAACUGGAUUGCAGAAUUUGGGGCAAAGCGGUAUGUGUGCAGGUGAAGACAGCUAAAGCUUUCCUUUGUUACGUUGCUUCAAGAUGUACCACAAUUAAGUAGACAUAUGAUAUUUAAGUCAGCCAUAGACUGAGAAGGGAUUUAAACAGUUGUAAGCGAAAAAUAAUCUGUUAAUAGUGCGCAGUGACAAUGAAACUAAGACUAUUUUCAAUUUAUUCACCUUCUUAGAAUGCAGGCCGUGGAACCCGAAUGCCUGGGUUUGAAUCCUGCAUCAGUUGCUUAUUUAUUAGCCUCUCUGUGCCACACCUUGGUCAACUGAGAUUAAGUGCCACAUAGUAGAUGUCAGCAGUUUUUACCAUCGUUAUCCUUUAGAUGUCAGUUUAACUGGGAGCUAUGGCAACAUGAACAAGUAAGAAAGACUAGCCUAAUGGUUAGAGGAGUAAAAAGAGGAAACCUCUGUGCUGAGGGCCUAGGAAGGGAUUGGGCUUGCAAAUAGAAGCCAUGGUCACUUAACCAUGUGAUUCAUUGUAAUUGUGAGAAUUGUAUGCAUAAGUUAGACCACCUGAAGUUUGAAACACUUUUUUUUUUCUUUCUUAAUUGAAGUCUUGUUAUUUAAUCCAUAUUUUUUAAAUUUGGUAGAAGUAAAAAAAUUUGACAGUUUCAAACAUCAUUUGCUUUUAAUCAUAAGUAAUUUUUGAGUUACAGCAGUAAAGUUGUCUGAAUUAAAAUUCCUAGAACCUGAAAUAAAACUUCUAAUAGGUUCUUCAGAAAAAAUGCUGCUGUGAAGACAUAAUUAUAGCUUUCACAUAACUGAAGCCCCAACCAUCAUGAUUUAGUGCCCCCCAAAGGAAGAACUUGAGUGGAAAAGAGAGGGCAUUUUUGGGGAUAGUAGAAUGCUUGAGACCUGAAUUUAAUCUCAAGCUCCUUCAUGAAGGUAUUAAAUAAUAGAAGAAAAUGGAAUUGAAUAUGAUACCAGCAUGGAACAGUCUGUUGAUUCAUUAAGAGUCAACCAUAAUGAUUCUGAAGAGUCAAAAAUCGAUUCUCAGCAUCUAAGCUGUAUGGACUCCAGUGAGCCUUCUUUUGGACAAGAUGAUUCCCCUAGAGUUUUACCCAUUACUACUGCAGUGGAUAAUUCACUCACAUCACAGAAUAUACCAGGGCCCCUGACUCAGACACAGACUCUUUCUGCAGAGCAAUUCCACCUAGUGGACCAAAAUGGGCAACCUAUUCAAUAUGAGCUUCAGUCAUUGGGGGAUUCUAAUGCGCAAAUGAUGAUUGUUGCCAGCCCAUCAGAAAAUGGACAGGUGCUGCGAGUAAUUCCAUCUACCCAGACAGGAACGACACAAGUGAUUGUACCUCAGGGGCAGCUUGUGGAUGUGAAUAGUCCUCAGGAUGUCUCUGAAGAGAAACCCAGUGACAGAAACUUACCAACUGUAAGAGUGGAUUCUCUAGCAGACAAUAACAGUAGUUACAUUCUUCAUCCACAAGCAUCCCUCACAUUGCCCAAAAAGACAGUGACCAGAAUACUUGAAGAACCUUUUUUGGCUCCACUCCAGCCACUUUCUUCUAACACACCUAUAUGGGCCUGUCGUCUUAGGAGCUGUGAGAAAAUAGGAGAUUCAUACCGUGGCUACUGUGUAAGUGAGACUGAAUUAGAAAGUGUCCUAACAUUUCACAAGCAGCAAACACAGAGUGUUUGGGGGACCCGCCAAUCUCCAAGCCCAGCCAAGCCAGCUACACGCUUGAUGUGGAAAUCCCAGUAUGUCCCAUAUGAUGGAAUCCCAUUUGUCAAUGCAGGGAGUAGAGCUGUGGUAAUGGAGUGUCAGUAUGGGCCAAGAAGAAAAGGUUUCCAGUUAAAAAAAAUCAGUGAGCAGGAAAGCAGGUCUUGUCAGCUCUACAAAGCUACUUGUCCAGCCCGGAUUUACAUUAAAAAGGUACAGAAAUUUCCUGAAUAUAGAGUUCCUACAGACCCCAAAAUUGACAGGAAAAUAAUCCGAACGGAGCAGGAAAAAGCCUUUAACAUGCUAAAGAAGAACUUGGUAGAUGCUGGUGGUGUUCUUAGGUGGUAUGUACAAUUACCUACACAGCAAGCUCAUCAGUAUCAUGAAUUAGAGACUCCCUGCCUCCCUUUAUCGCCUUCCUCUUUUCCUAUGUCUUCUCUUGAAGAAGAGGAAACUGCAGUUAGAGAUGAGAACUGUACAUUACCCUCACGUCUACAUCCUCAAGUAGCACAUAAAAUUCAAGAAUUAGUAUCACAGGGAAUACAACAAGUGUAUGCAGUAAGGAAACAGCUAAGAAAAUUUGUGGAAAGGGAACUGUUCAAACCUGACGAGGUACCUGAAAGACAUAAUUUAUCCUUUUUUCCAACUGUAAAUGAUAUAAAAAAUCAUAUCCAUGAGGUACAGAAAUCCUUGAGAAAUGGAGAUAAUGUAUAUAACUCAGAGAUUAUUCCAGCAACGCUUCAAUGGACUACAGAUAGUGGGAAUAUUCUCAGAGAGACUGUGACAGUUACACUUGCAGAAGGAAAUUCACAAGGAGAAGCAAUUUCCAGCAAAGUGGAAACAAAUCAGACAAGGAGUUCUUUGUCUCCGGAGCCAGCGCACUUGCUGUCCUCACUUUCUUCAUUUCAGCCAAAAAUAUUCACACAACUACAGGGUUUGCAGUUGCAACCAAGAUUCACUUCUUCUGAUGGAUCACCAGCUCUGAUAUCAGUAAAUAAUCACCCCUCCUCCAGUCCUUCAAGACUUCUGGAUUCAAUAGGAAGUGCUGUAAUGAAUAAUAAUUCUCUACUGCUUGGUCAAACUCAUUGCCUUCAAACAGAUACAUGCCUAACCCAAAACAAUAGUAUUUCCUCUACCAUGGGUAACCUUCCAGGACCAGAUCAAAAUCUGGUUGCAGUUGAUCAGCUGGUGGAAGUUGGAGAUGUUGAGGAUACAGAGAAUCUGGAAGGGAAUGUUCAUCGGAUUCUGCUGGGAAAUGUGCAGACCAUUCCAAUACAGAUUAUAGACAGCCACCCAGCUCUUAUUGAAGAAAGUCCAGAAGGUGCCAUUUCUGUGAACCAAGUUAAGCAAGAACCCAAAGAACCAGCAUUAUCUAUGGAAGCAAAAAAAAAUUUGGACUGUAAGAAAUUGUCUGCUACAUAAAUUAUUGAAGCUUUUCAGAAUUUACAACUCUGGUGACUUCUGAUGUCAUAAAAAAGAAGGUGAAUAUUAUCAAAGUGCAGCAUUGUGAUAAGUGGACUGAAGACUGGUUUAAUGAGCAGCUUUAAUUUAAAACUGACAUAUUUGUUGCUAACUCCCUAUUUUUACCUUAAGAGAUAUUUUAUUCCUCUUAUUUUGUAUAAUUCUUAUGCUUUUUGAUUAUCUGAUAAGGCCAGUAUUUCAAAAGGUCAUCUGAACUUAUCCACUUAUCUAAUUCAUCCUCUGGAAAUAUCUAAUUUUGGUUCUUCAAAAAGAACAACAAAAAAAGUAUGCGAGUUUGUGUGUGUGUGUGUGUGUGUGAGAUGAAUUUUUUUUGAGUUCUGAAAGAGUUAUUCCCUCUUUAAAGUUGUGAAAAAAUUUUUUAAAUUGGCAGAUGAGAGAAUAUCUGAGGUCUGUCUCAUUUGGAAAGAAAAACAACAGAUUUUACAUCAUAACAUGAAGCCCAACAUUCACAUCUGUGAAAACUAUAUAGUUGCAUUUUAGCUUCUUCUAUUCUAAUUUUUAUACUUAUAACUACAAACCAGUAGUAUACCAAUGGUCAUCUAGUAGAAAUUUACAGUGUCUUGGUAAGUACUGAGAGUUUUAACUUGAAUCAGAUAAGCAAGAGAAAUAAAUGUAUUUUGCAUGGAUUUAUACAGUAUUGUAGUUAAAAUACUACUUAUGGGUUGAAAAAUGUAGAAAUUGAGAGAAUUCAGAAAGAAUAAUAGAAUUCCCUGGUGUUAACAGAUAAUUAGGGGAACUUUUUGAUAUCAGCAGAAGAUUUUUUUUUUUUUCUUCCUAUUUUGUAUUGAAGAUUCAGCUCUGGUUAGAAAAGAAUUUGAGUUGUAUUUAUUUUUCUGUACCAGAGUUCUUAAUGAAUUGAU